UACCCCACCUGAUUUGUAAAGGAUUUAUACAAACGAAAACCUAAGUAAAGUACACCUGACUUGUGCUGAGAGGAAGUGGAGAGCGGAAGCUAGAAUGAGGCCUGAGGAGUCCGUAAAGGAGGUAUGAAGUGUGGGUGCAGCGAGAAGAGCAGGAAUCAGCUGUUUCGAUGUGAACUUCCAGCACCAUGCCAAACCUGCUUUCAGCCCUGCACAAGAAAAACAAGCUCCUUCUUCUACUUUUUAUGGUCUUCAGCAAGCAGAAGGCGACAGGCUCCUUGCUGGAAAGUAUAAUUUCCAAACGCACGGAGUACAAGGAGAACUGUAACAGAACCCUGGCUUCUACUCCAUUCCCAGCAAAUGGAAACUACUGUAAAGGAACUUUUGAUAAGUUUGUGUGCUGGCCCCAUUCAUCUCCAGGGAAUGUCUCUGUCCCCUGUCCUCCCUUCCUACCAUGGAUCACAGAGGGUGGUAACAGGAGAGCACAUCGGGAAUGCUUAGAGAAUGGGAGCUGGAGGCAGUUGGAGAACUCCACAGAUCCCUGGAGAGACCAUUCUGAAUGUUUGGAACACCAAUACUUCAAAGACAUGGAGGAUCAAAUACCUCGCGACUCUGCCCUCAGGCUCAUCUCUGUCAUUGGUUAUUCGUUGUCACUAGUCUCCCUCUCUCUGGCCACUCUGCUCAUGGGCAUGCUAAGGAAGCUCCAUUGCACCAGAAACUACAUUCACAUGAACCUUUUUGUGUCAUUCAUCCUGAGAGCUGCGGCCAUCAUUUCAAAGGAAAUUAUCUUCCAGCUCAUGUAUUCCAAUUCACCGGAUGACGACCAUGGAUGGAACUUCUAUAGCUCAGCUAUAGGACUACUGUGCAAAUUCUCCAAAGUUUGCAUGGAGUACUUCGUGGCAUGUAAUUUCUUCUGGCUCUUGGUGGAGGCCAUUUUUCUUCACACACUGCUCUUCACGGCUGUGCUGACCAAGAGAUGCCUGCUGAAGAAAUACCUGCUGCUGGGAUGGGGAACUCCAGUCCUGUUCGUGACUCCGUGGACAGUCGUUAAAAUUGUAUAUGAAAACAAAGGGUGCUGGUCAAUCGUGAACAGGUGGUUCUGGUGGAUAAUGAAAGGCCCGAUUACUUUAUCAGUUCUGGUAAUUUUCAUUAUAUUCAUCAAAAUUCUGAAGCUGUUGUUGUCCAAGCUGAAAGCCGAUCAGGUGAAAUUUACCGACUACAGAUACAGUUUAGCCAGAGCAACGUUGGUGCUGAUUCCCCUGCUGGGACUCCAUGAAGUUGUCUUCCAUGUACUAAUAGAUGAAUGUGUGGAGGGUAAUAGUCGCUAUGCACGCAACUUUAUCAACCUAACCCUAAGUUCCUUCCAGGGCUUCCUGGUUGCUGUGCUUUACUGUUUUGCUAAUGGAGAGGUCCAAGCUGAGCUGAAAAAGCGCUGGCAACUGUUUUUGUUCACGAAUCACUUCAAGGUCCACACCUGUUUUCGUGGCACAAAUCUCAAGAACCUUUGGAAAUGUACUCGACGGCAGCACAGAAAGCGCUCUCGACAGUUUGAUUCUUACGGCAGAAACACCACUUUGAAGGCUCGCCCACAUCUCCUUCAGGUGGCUGUGCAAGGAGGAGUUGGCCCUCUUGGACGGGGACAGAUUAGAGGCCAUGGACUCGAGGGCUUCGAAUCACCAGGGCUUGACUUUCUCACCAGGAAGAGUCUCUCCAGUAGCGAUGGAGAGAUGACCCAAGGGGAGACCAUGGAGGAGAUCCUGGAGGAGAGCCAGUUCUAAACCCAGUUGGUUUAUAGGUAAAAAUCAAAACUAGUGGGACUGAGAAAAAUUAAUAUAUUGGUUUCAGUAGAAGCAGUCAACUUUAGGGCUGGAGAAACACCUUGUUUUCUACCAAGACAUGGACCCCAGGAAUUAUAUUAAUCGGAGGUUUGAUAUAGUAAAGACUCUAACCCCAACUGUAAUCAUUUGUAAAAGAAAAAAAA